UUCAGAUGGGACCGCACGACAGGACAGAUGAGAAACUGCUUCCAUCUGGAAACGCGGGGACAGAAGGAGGGUCGACACGACUCAGUCACCGGCGGUAAGACACACACAUCCUGCUUGCGUUACAUCGCACCGGUCAUCAUCAUCAUCAUCAUUCCGACUGUUGGAGGAGCAGAGCGAACGUGCGCGCAGAGCAGCUGCACCUGACUGACUGGUCGUGGACAUACAACAGUCUUCAUUUAACAGUUGCCUUCGGUACUUACUUGAAGAAGGAAGAGGGGAGAAAAAAUAAAUAAAUUCAAAUACAUAAUAAUAAAACAAGCGGCGUUUUAUGUUUUGCUUCAAUUCUGGGAGAGGACUUUGGCACGGAGGACCCUGCGUCUGGAGUGCUAACACACUGACUGCUCUUGUUGGAUGUUGAUUGUUGGUCAGAGAGAAGAAGGGGAAACGUUUAGCCGCUGUUGGGACCAUCACUGGACAACUGGCGUCGUCUUUGAAAGUGUUCUGAAGAAACAGAGAGGAAGAAAUAGUGGAAAAGUAUGACUUUGUGAUGAAUAUCAGAGGCCAAGUCGAGUGAGGUCUCCUCCUGUCCCCCUCAAACUCUUUAUAGACCAGACCAUCAAGGCGGACAGCAUUUCAAGAUUUUCUCUGAACCUUGAUACCCUCAGGAGAGGAAGUGGACAGUGUGGGCAGGAUGUGGGAGGGACUGAGACUGCAGGUGUUCUUCUUGUGUUUGGGGGCUGCACUAUGGAGCGCUGCAGCGGCAGCGACACACAGGGGCUCAGGGCCACGGGAGCGCGGCCACCGCCGCCAUCUCUCUUUACACAGACACAGGGAGAGAGGCAAAGAGGGCCAGGUGCUUCACCGCUCCAAACGAGGCUGGGUCUGGAACCAGUUCUUUGUCAUUGAGGAGUACACAGGCCCAGAUCCUGUCUUAGUAGGUCGGCUUCAUUCGGAUGUAGAUUCAGGAGACGGAAACAUUAAAUACAUCCUUUCAGGGGAGGGAGCAGGCACUAUUUUUGUCAUCGAUGACAAAACGGGCAACAUUCAUGCAACAAAGACACUGGACAGAGAAGAACAGGCCCAGUACACCCUGACCGCCCAGGCUGUGGCUCGAGACACCAACAAACCCCUAGAGCCUCCUUCAGAGUUCAUUGUCAAGGUGCAGGACAUCAACGACAAUCCACCAGAGUUCCUUCACGGCCCUUACUAUGCGCGAGUGGCUGAGAUGUCAAAUGUUGGUACUUCAGUGAUAAAGGUCACAGCUACAGACGCCGAUGACCCCACAUACGGCAACAGUGCCAGGCUGGUCUACAGCAUCCUGCAGGGCCAGCCUUACUUUUCUGUGGAGCCACAAACAGGAAUUAUACGAACAGCUCUUCCUAACAUGGACAGGGAGGCCAGGCAGGAAUACGAUGUCGUCAUCCAGGCCAAGGACAUGGGUGGACACAUGGGCGGUCUGUCAGGCACCACUCAGGUUAAAAUCACCCUGACUGAUGUCAAUGACAACCCUCCGAAGUUCGCUCAGGGUGUUUACAUCAUGGCGGUCUCAGAGGACAAGGUUCCCGGUGAGGAGGUGGGUCGAUUGAAGGCCAGAGAUCCUGAUCUGGCGGAGAACGGACUGGUGGAUUAUCGCAUCUUGGAGGGAGACGGCAUGAACCUCUUCGAGAUCACCAAGGACUCGGAGACCCAGGAGGCAGUCAUCAAACUAAAGAAGCCUGUGGACUUUGAGACCAAGCGAUCAUAUACACUAAAGGUAGAAGCCUCCAACCCACAUGUGGACCCACGUUUCGCUACCUGGGGUCCAUACAAAGAUACUACCAUUGUGAAAAUAUCAGUAGAAGAUGCAGACGAGCCCCCGACCUUCAUGGCUCCCAGCUACAGCUUUGAGGUGGAGGAAAAUGCCCCAGCAGGCACUCUGGUCGGCCGUGUGCAUGCCAAAGACACCGACAUCAUGAACAACCCAAUCAGAUAUAUGAUUCCACGCUACACAGACUUGGAAGAGUUUUUUACCAUUAAUACUGAGGACGGCAUUAUUAAGACCACAAGGCCUUUAGAUCGGGAAGCACAGGCUUGGCACAACAUAUCUGUCAGCGCUGCAGAGAUCGGCGGCCAUCACCAAGAUGCAAAAGUACGAGUAAAUAUCAAAGUCAAAGAUGUGAAUGACAACGCUCCAGAGUUUGCAACUCAAAACGAAGUGCUUGUCUGUGAGAACGUCAGCCCUGGAAAGCUCGUUGAAACAGUUAGCGCUACGGAUAAGGACGAAAUGGCCCACCGCCAGCACUUCCACUUCAGACUGGCCCCUGAGGUCGCUAACAACCACAGUUUCUCCCUCAAAGACAACAGAGAUAGCACUGCUAGCAUCUUUGUGAGACAGAAGGGCUUCAGCAGAAUGUCCCAGGAUGUGUAUCACCUUCCCAUCGAGAUCAACGACAAUGGCGUACCCCCAAUGAGCAGCACCAAUACUCUUAUAAUCCGCGUGUGCAGCUGCGACAGCAAAGACACGAUCCUCUCUUGCAAUGUGGAACCUUUCAUACUAACAGCAGGGCUCAGCACCGGAGCUCUGAUUGCCAUCUUGGCCUGUAUUGUUAUUCUACUGGCGAUCGUGGUGCUGUUCGUGGCCCUGCGGCGCCAGAAAAAGGAGCCUUUGAUCGUAUUUGAGGAGGAAGACAUUCGGGAGAACAUCAUCACCUAUGAUGAUGAGGGAGGUGGCGAGGAGGACACAGAGGCAUUUGACAUCGCCACCUUACAGAACCCAGACGGUGCUAACGGCUUCCUGCCCCGUAAGGACAUCAAGCCCGAGCUGCAGUAUCCCAUGCGCCCCGGAAUGAGGCCCAUAGGCAACAGCGUAGACGUGGAUGACUUCAUCAAAACGCGGAUUUCAGACGCGGACAAUGACCCCACAGCGCCCCCGUAUGACUCCAUUCAGAUCUACGGUUAUGAAGGUCGAGGCUCUAUCGCCGGCUCUCUCAGUUCUUUGGAGUCGGUGACCACAGAUUCAGACCUGGACUAUGACUACCUCCAGAGCUGGGGGCCGCGAUUCAAGAAACUUGCCGAUCUAUACGGCACCAAAGACUCUGCUGAUGACAACUCUUAACGUCCGCUCAAUAAGUCCUUUUCAGCUCCCUCCACCCGGCCCUUCUCCACUAACUGUGUGUUUUGUGAAGUUUACUAUAAGUAUUCCAUGAGUUUUUCACUUUAUAGUAAACUCUAGGUUGUUCGUAAGUAUACACACAGUAUACUAGAUGCUGGGAGUGUCAUAGGUACAGUACGAUCACAAUGUGCUAUGAGGAGCCAGAAGGGUAGAAAAAAAAAAAAAAAAUGGUACAAAAACAAAAUAAAACAACAACAAAAAACAAAAACAAAAAAAAAAAGAUAAAGACACACAGACACAUAAGUGGUGGACGUGGGUCUGUGGCGUGUAUGAAAUGAAGAAAUAUGUGACAAUGUUGUUUAAGAACUGAAGAACAUUACGUUUCACUUUUGAUGUUUGUAGGUUCCUACAGGUUUGAGGUUAUGGAUGUGGAUCACAGAGAGACAUGGAUUUGCUGAUACUGUGAACGAGCUCACGAAGAAAUAAAAACAAAAACA